UGGCGGCCUCCUUUCAGUGUAUAUCGAAAAUCUUCGUUUUGUUGUAAAAUGAGUAAACAACCUGCUCAAAGGAGACCUAAGCCAGGAGUUAGAAGUCAUCACCCAACUGGGGACCUCAUUGCUCUUGGUCCAAAAACACAAGGGGCAAGAAAUUCUGAUUCUGAUCUAAAGCCAAUACAAGCACCCAAGCCAAUACCAGUACAACUACCCAAAAAAAGCAUUAGCCUUGGAUCUAGUGAAAGAAAACGAGAAUCUCCCAACUCAACCCUUGGAACUCCAAAAAGAACCAAAGUCCUCAAUUCUCCGCAGUAUUCUCCUCAUAGCACUAAGGGAGGGGAGGGUGAAAGAAGACCAAGUAGUAGCAGUGCACAAUACUUUUCUUCACAUAUAUCUCCCAUUGAAGUUAAUCCCUCAGAUUUAGAAAGACUUGUGUUAGAAGCAGAGACCAAUGAAGACAGGACAAGAGUUGAUGGUUUGUUGCUUGGUGCAAUAAAAACUCUCAAGACAAAUAAAARCAAGCCUGACCCUGUGACUUAUCUUAGUCUUUUAUAUCUUGCUAAAACAAAGCCAGAAUGUUUUGCAUCUUCUAGAGUUAUUGAGGCUUUGACAUCUUUACUUAAGCGAGAUAGCAUACUGAACAUCAAAACCAACAAAGCAUUGGCUUCAUUGGUACCUAUAAUGACUGUUAAUAUACUAUUGUACAUAUUCCAAGAUACUGAGGACUGGCCAGAAACAUUUGUCAAGGUUUUUGUAGAAGACUCCCUGGGUGAUCGUAUAUGGGUUGAUAGUGAAGCUUGUCAGAUAUUUGUUGAUAACAUUCUCACGGCAUUUGGUACCAAGCAACAGCCAAAGACAAUCAGCCGUCAGAGUAGUGAUCCAGGGUCCAAGAGUGAACAGUUACCCACCCUGCCUGUUACAGCUGCUACCACUACAACUAUUUUUAUGCCAUCAAAAGAAGGGGAAGACACAAUCACUGAAGAAAUAGAUUUGAGUUCAAAUGAAGAAGAUGCAACAUCUGUUAUUCCAAGGUUCACUUCGCCAUCAGUCAAGUACAAUGUAUCAACAUACCUUUUAGAGAUUGUCACAGAACAAUUGAAUCGAAGGCAGCCUGUUGACAAUAUAUCMAGGAAUUUAUUACGUCUUCUUAUGGUGACAUGUGGUAACAAUCAAGUCAGGCUUCUUGUGUCUCAGAGGAUUGAAGUUUGGUUGCAAAACCCAAAGUUGACUCGUCCUGCUCAAGAGCUUCUGUCCUCACUAUGUUUGAAUUGCAACAGUCAUAGCCAUGAAGAUAUUGAAAUCAUUAGUAAUUUGAUAAAGAUGAGACUAAAGACGAAGUUACUUUCAAAUCAUUAUGUCUCCUGUAUAAGGGAACUGUUAAGUCAACAUACUGAGAAUCUUUCUACAGUCAUGAAGCAUGUCAUCUAUAAUGAGUUAUCUAAUGCACGCAACCCUAACAACAUGAACCUGUUGGCAACAAUGUUUCARUAUAAACCAGAAGCUUCAUCAAAGAUACUGGCAAUGGUAUUUCAGGAUUUACUAAUGAAUAAAGAAGACUAUUUAAGAGCAUGCAGAGCUUUAUUAAGGGAAGUAGUACGUUUUCUGAGAUAUGGUCCUUUAAACUUUGUGGCUUUAUGCCGAGGAUUUAUGCAAGAAAGGACAGACUCACAAUUCAAAGACCUUGAUGGAUCUGUAAAGGAAAGAAUGUUCAUGUCUCUGGCUGAUCUGAUUGCCAUGGCAACUAUGCUAUCUAUCACACCUGCUGUCAAAGAGCGCUAUGCUGAUUUUAAGAGAGGAGAUACAAAAGGUCUGUCAGUCUUGCAAGAAUUCCAAAAGAAUGUAUCAACCAUUCAAAGGGAUUGCGUGUAUUGGCUGCAUACUGUUGUACCAAAAAUGUUUAAUGUAACUGGACAGGAUUUUCAUACUUGUCUACAAAAGGUACUUUACCUGGAAACCAUUGACAAUUACUGUACCAAGGAUGGCUGGCCACAAGAAUGUGAUAGAAGUUUAUUUUACAGCCUUUCAAGUGAGGUUCCAGUUCAAGAGGACACUUUAAUGAGAAUUAUAAUCAUAGGGUUAGCUAAUGAACUGCCUUUGAAUGCCCCUGAAGCUCUUGACAUCGCAGAUAGGAUAGUACGAAGGGCUGCUACUAUUAAAACAGGUGUUACACAGCUUAAAGUCACACGACAAGAGUUACUAGAUGCUAUGUUAAAUCUAUGUGCCUAUCAUCACCCCAAAGACAUCCAACUACCRUCUGGUUAUAUCCCUCCUAAGCUGGCCAUUUCCAAUCURUACUGGAAGGCAUGGAUGCUGUUGACCAUAGUAGCAUCUCUGAACCCUGACUCUAUUGGUCAGUCAGGAUGGGAGAAUUUCCCGAUGUUAAAAAGUCUGAUGGAGAUGAUCAUGACCAAUAACUGUGUCUUUCCACCUCCAACUAUUGCAUCGACUACUGAAGAAAAAGAACAAAUGAUUGCAGAAGACAGACAGCUAGUACAGAUUGAAAAAGAAGAAAUUCUUCAGUUUGAGUCUCAUCUUGCUGCUGCUACAACUGGAGUAAACAUCACAGAAAGCAACAGUUUGUUGUUGAGUCAGUUAAUCACAAUGGACCCAGUUGGYCCAGCAAGAAGACCCCCACAGUCUUUYAUGGAUGAACUCAAGACAGCUAAUAGCUCACUAAAACUGGGACAAAAGCUUUGYCGUAGUCGUCAACCAGACUUUUUACUGGAUAUUAUACAAAGACAGGGAACAUCACAAAGCAUGCCGUGGCUAGCUGAGUUAGUGCAGUCUUCAGAGGGUUCACUAGAUGUUUUGCCAGUUCAAUGUCUUUGUGAGUUUCUACUGAUGGAACAGCAGUCGUCAGAAAAAGCAAAUGAAGAAUUAACUAACAAAAAAAUGAAUAACCAGAGACAUGUCUUGUUACGUCUUCGUUGUCUGUUAAAUGGAUCAUCAGCCGAUGGUGAUGCUACUGUAGAAGUAUUGGAAUAUUUCAUGAGACGUUUAUCAUCUGGGAUCACCAAAGAGAGAAAUGCUGCCCUCAAGGGUCUUGAGUUGGUUCUUUCUCAAGAGAGCUCCACCAAUGAUGAUGAUGUAUCAGUUGUCAGUUUCUCAGAUGAUGUGUCAUUAGUGAAUGCAAUAGAAGAAAUGUCAUUCCAAGAGAGCACCACAUCUACAUUACCUAAUGAACUGAAAUGGCUUCUUGUUCAYCUUCCAAGACUGCCUCACUUUGACAUCGUUAAACCAAUUUGCUGCUUUGCAUUAAGACAGUGUUGUCAAGUAGAGAUUGAGCCACAGCGACUUCAAGCUUACYUGGUGUUUUUAUCUCAACACUCUGGUGGUCCAACAGAAGAAGAAUUCACUGACACAUUAUUGGAGAUUUCUCAGUUAGUGAUAGCAAGACCAACUAUUUUCAAUCAAGUUCUUGAGGGAUCGCCUGCAGCUCUAGAGACCUUUCAAGCACUACUUGGCAUGUACCAAUGUGCUGUUGAACAUGCGAUGACUGUACAGGACAAUUCUUACUUUGAGAGUAAUACUCAGGACCAGUUGUUUGCUCAGUGGUCUAAAGAUACCYUAUAUCCAGGCAAAGCUGCCACCAUGCAUGCCCUUGUAAUACAAGCAUCUAUUUUACUGCUUACAUGGCCUGAACCUACAGAGAAUCCACUCACCUACCKWKCCUUACUGGAUUGUUGGUGUCCAGAAAAUGGUCAUAUCAGAGUGUAUUUGACUGAUACAGGAGAAGAAGCCAUGUUAUUACCAGAAUGGUUAAGACUUAGAAUGAUAAGAGCUUCUUCWCAUCGUGUUGUUGAUGCAGCAAUGACUGAUUUAGUACCGUCMCAACUAGUCUUGUUUGUACAGUCUUUUGGUAUCCCUGUGUACAGCAUGAGCAAACUUCUUCAGCAACUAGAUCUGGCAGCAGAAGAGGAUGCMUUGAGUGUGAGUGAAGCUGUCAUUGAUAAAGCUUACAUGGUUCAGUUAGUAGAGGUACAGCARCAAAGAGGAGCAGAAGGAGGAACCACAUUUUGUUCACUWUUGGCUGAUGAACCACAUCUCAAGACUCCUACUGCAUUCAAMGAAGAAAACGAUAUACCUAAACCAUUGGUUAUCAAACCACUUCAUCCUGAGAAACAUGAACUUAUGCAGUCACAGGAAGAUAGCAUUGAAGAGAUGAUAUUGAAGUGUCUUCAACUURAAGUAACAAAUGCAGGUGAAACAAGACAGAUUGAGAACAACAUGAAAAGGUUUUUAACCAAUGAUUUGAUCAGCUUGAACAAASAUAAAAAUACAGAUUGUAGUUGGUCAGAAGACAUGAUUUCAWCCUUGAUCUAUGUAUUAAAUACUUCUGAUAGUGACAAUGUUAACAUGGUCUGUGAUAAAAAGAGUAAUUUCCUUUGUGCAAUUUUAAGGUUACUUGGAGCUAGACAGAAUGUUCUUCCUGUGGCAUCCAAGCUAAGAAGUAGCUUUCCUGAACUUCUCAAAACUCUUUCUUCAAAAURUCUUCCAGAUGGUCCAUUGACAAAGAUAGUUCAACAGUUAACAAAACAAUUUAAUAUACAAACAGAGAAACCAAGCCGUGUUGAAGCCUCCAAAAGAUUARCUGAAAUUUCACAAGAAAAGUUCAAUGAUGAGUCAGUUGUAAGAGGUUUUAUUUUGCAARCAAAGAAAGUAUCAUCAGAAUUCACUAUAGACACAGAAACAGCAGUGAAAGCUUGCAUGAAUAUCAAGUCAAAGAAUCCUCAAUCACUAGAACAGUUUUGUAAAGCACUGUUUAGUGUCAUCAUCAAUCAGAUUGGUCAACCUGAAGAGUCGCCAUGGAAUUCAUCGCAAUCUUUGCCAUUGCAAACAUGCAUUCAAACCCUAACGUCGUUGUUACAAGAUGAAAAUCAUGUUCUGAGUCGUGGUUUGUUUGUUGACUGGCUGGAAACACUUGACCCUGAAAUAGUGGAUGUACACCCUCUUCUGCAAAGGCAGAUUUUAUUCAGUGAUAGACCACAUGUAGAAACACAAAACCGGUCRCUGACAACAAGCAGCAGUAAUUCAUAUUUACUGGCAUCACUUGCACAUAACUCUAAAUACUCCACAUUGCAAGACUGUUUGGACUGGUUGCUAGGACAACAUACAAACAGACUUACACCUGGUGCAGCUCUGGACUUUCUCUGGACAUGUUACCACCUUCCUCGGUUAUGGCAAGGACGGGAACAACGGUCAACAACUCAUUCUGUGGACAAAGAAGUGUUGUCUCUAACACAAGCACAGACCUGUCAUGUUGCUUUGCUCAUCUUAUCUGAAAUAGAGGAUGCUGUCAAACAGUUUUGUGAAAAGAAAGGUGUUGAUUGGGAAAACUUGUGCCAAGAAACAACAUUGCCUGAUGGUGAAUUAAGAUCACAAUUGAAUAAAGUGAUUCUAGGCGUAACUCAGCAAAGRAUGCCACUAAUGCUGCAGUGCUGUGUUGGUCAAGAUCUUAAACCAAUAGUUGACYACUCAUCCAAUGAUCAAAGGUAUCCUAAAUGGCUAAGAGCACCAUUCCUCAUUCACCUAUACCUAGCACAUCCACACAUAUACARCGGCUUGGAUAAACAGGACUUGUUUUCUUCCAGUGCUUUCACAGAAGCAACAGAAUGUCAGAUGGACAGCUUAUGUCACUGUGCACUGACUGCCCUGGCCGACUGUAGACCAGGUCGUGAAUAUGAAGACAGUGCGAACACCUCUAGUUUGCUGUGUAGAAAGAUUGCAUCUACACAUCCAAUGCUGUUCUUAAGACAUCUUCCAAUGAUUAACUGUCUAUUACGUGGUCGAGUUCAUUUAACCUCUAAAGAGUUCAACAUCAAUCAACAUCUGUUGUUAUUUUCACAUAUUCUGGGAAUCCUUGAUCUACUGCGUCCUUAUGUAUUUAGCAAUGACAAGUUCAUUGAGGAUAGUUUAGAAGACAUGCUGACCGUUUACUUUGAACUGAUACAGUCAUCAUGUUUGAGUAGCAAAGAACUCGCUGGUGUUGUGUCAAAGUUUGCAGAGUUUUUCUAUCAUUUUUGUACGUCAAAACCUGACAAAUCGUUUCCCAUUUUACAAGCAAAUGCAGCUGUGCUUCAUGAUCUKUUAAGCAACUUUCCGGAGUUGUCAUCAUUAAAAUGCCUAUCAAGYGCUUUGUCUGUACCCAGUGCUGCUCCACUGCCCAAAGGAUCAUUUCAUUCAYUSAUAAUGCCAUUAGAGACCUCUUCCUGGACACCAGCACAGUUAGCACCAGUUAUACAACAGCUGUCACCUUCAGAACCAUUACCAGACAUAAUCAGRGCACUAACUGAUYUGGAUGAGACGUCAAAGAGAAGAGUAGAUAUUUUACAACAUUUUAUGGCUGAGUUGAAUCGACUGACUACGAACCCCGAUAACAGUGUGCGUACGAAGGCACAUACACUAAUCCAGAGACAUAUGAGGCAGAACCCAAGAGACGCGCAAAAAUUUGUUGAGUCUUUUAUGGAAUGUUUGACUUGUACAUCACCUGACGUCACUCUAACUGCAGCCAAGUUUACACCUGAAUUUAUCGUCCUGGGUUGUGAAUACUCCAGUCUUCUGCUUCAAAAGCUCUUCUCUGUAGCCGUUAAUGAAAGACUUGACGUUGUGUCAUCAUUGGCGAGAAGUAUCCAACUUUUAAACCUCGAAUUCUCGAAAUAGGAAACGUACAAAUCCCUCGAUAUAUUACUAUAUGUCUCGAAUUUGAAUAGUAACUUGUGCUGAAAAUUCUAAUGUGACUUUUCCUCCCGACCCAUACCAGAUCCCUACCAAGUUAAUCUCUAUUAACAACUGACAGACGACAUGCCGAACAUCCUGUUUAGUCUGUCUACUUCACAUUAGUCAAAUCUAAACCCAUACAAACUGUCAAAACAGUGUUAGUUUAUAAUGUAAACAAUGUAAAAUUACAAGAUCAUUAAAAACACGUUGGUCUUAAUA